AUGUCGCUCUUCGGCACUUCGCCCGACAACGACAGGCCACGCUCCGCCCUCUUUGCCGACGACCUCGCCAGCGCCGGCUCCGAGUCCCCUCCACGCUCCGUCUCGCGCCUGGCCAACACGACGACCAGCAGCGUAGCCGGGACCACCCUGUUCGCCGACGACGACGAUCCGGGAGCCUCGUCGCCAUGGGCGCUGCCGACGCCGCGCCAGCGCACCAGUAACCUGCAGGCGCUGCUGCCGGCGGGCGCGGCCGUGCCGUCGAGCUACGGCGCUGCGUUCGAGGCCGUCAUGGCGGCGGGAGCUCGCUUCGGCGGCGGAGCGGGCCUCACGGGCGUGCGCCGCGUGCUCAGCGCCAGCGGCCUGGCUCCCGACGAGCAGCGCCAGGUGCUGGAUCUGGUGGUGCCCGAGGGGCGGCUCGAGUCCGGGCUGGGGCGGGCCGAGUUCAACGUGCUGUGUGCGCUGGUGGGGCUCGCGAGGGAGGGCGAGGAUGUUUCGUUGGAUGGCGUGGAUGCUCGGAGGGACGAAGACGAAGAAGAACAAGUAGCUAACGUAUUGCCCGCCGCAGACCUCCCCGAACCACACCUAGACGUGGCGCUCCUGCGCGAGCCCGUCGACGACGACAACAACAACAACAACAACAACGACUACCUCGCACCGCCGCCUCCUCCAUCCGGCAUGGCUACGACGCCACCGGUGGGCGCAGAUGCCACAGGCACGCUCAAGCACGCACCCAUCACCCCGACGACGCGCAAGACGUCGUUCGGCCUCGACGCCGACCCAUGGAACAGCCCCGACCUGCACAAGGGCCACACGCACCGCGUGGAGCAGGCCAAUGCCACGCUGAGCGGCGCCAAUGGGCACCACAGCGUCGGCAGCGUCAACGCGCGGCCCGCAGGCGCCGUCAGCGCAACUGACGACAGGCCCGAGGACGCUGCGUGGGGCGGCGGCGGCUUCGGCGCGGGCACCACGACCAGCAGCAGCGGCGUGUUUGGCGCGCCGGUCGGCAACGCAGUGAUGGUGGGCGAGAGCGGCAUGGCAGCAGCAGCAGUAGCAGGCGGCGAGGGCGGAGACGGCGCCGUCGCAAAUGCCGCGAGCCCCGACGCGGAUUUGGUGGGCUUGGGGCGCGUGCUGGGAGGCGACCCGCUGUCGGAGAGCACGACGACGGGGCCCGACGAGGUCGUCACCGUCGCCGUCAUCCCCGAGAAGGAGGGCAUCUUCCUCUUCCAGCACCGCAACUACCAGGUCACGAGCGUGCGGCGCAACGCCAAGGUCGUGCGGCGGUACAGCGACUUUGUCUGGUUGCUCGACUGCCUGCACAAGCGGUAUCCGUUCCGGCAGCUGCCGCUGCUGCCGCCCAAGAGGGUGUCGAUCAACGGCAACUACAUCGCGACAGACGCAUCCUUUGUCGAGAAGCGGCGGCGCGGGCUGGCGCGCUUCGCAAACGCGCUGGUGCGCCAUCCCGUGCUCAGCCAAGAGCAGCUCGUAAUCAUGUUCCUCACAGUGCCAACGGAACUCGCAGCAUGGCGCAAGCAAGCGCAACUAAACCUGCAAGACGAAUUCGCAGGCCAAACGACCCUGCCCCCAGGCCUCGAAGACGCGCUCUCCCCGCAACUGAACGAGCUCUUCGAGCGCGUACGCGCCGGCGUCAAAAAGAGCGCUGAGACGUACAUCGCGCUGUGCACGCUCGUCGAGCGGCUGGCCAAGCGCAACGAAGCCAUGGCGGCAGACCACAUGCGCGCCUCGCUCGCGCUGCAAACGCUCGCCUCCUCGUCCGCAGCGACGUACGCGGCCGAGCCGGCGGACGUCGCAGCCCUGAACGCGGGGCUGGGCGCGACGGCGCGGCAGCUGGGCGGCGCGCAGAGCCUGUUGGAAGACGAGGCGCGCGCGUGGGACGAGGGCGUGCUGGAAGAUCUGAAGAGGCAGCGGGACGGGCUCGUUGCGCUGAGGGAGUUGUUUGAGCGCAGGGAUAGGCUGGAUAGAGAUAAUAUCCCCGCGCUGGAGAAGAAGAUUAAGUCUGCCGAGGGGAAGCUGGAUGCGCUGGCGAAGAAGCCGGCCGAGCUUGUGAAGCCGGGGGAGAGGGAACGGGUCGAGGAGAGUAUUGUUCGGGACAAACAAGCCAUCGUGGCCGCGCACGCACGCUCCGUCCUCGUCAAGCAGGCUCUACGCGACGAGUUGCGCUGGGCUCGCCAAGGCCAGCUCCACGUCGCGCGCUGGGUGCAGGACUGGACGGCCGAGCGCGUCAAGUACGCCGAGUUGCAGGCGGAUGGGUGGAGGGUGCUGGGCGAGGAGCUGGAGGGCGUGCUGGGGGGUGGCGCGUAG